AUGCAGGUAUUCCUCAAACUACCCAAGGAAAUACUAUCGUUAAUCUUCAGGCUAAUUGAAGAAAGGUCUAUUAUUGAAAGUUUAAUACUCAUUCCAGGUUUACAACAUAUUGCUCUAGAGCGAAAAUAUUCAACAUUUGAAAUAAACAAUAACAACAAGUCAAUUGAAAAGUUAUUAUCGCUUUUUCAAAAAUACGAAUUUAUCCCUUCAAUUAUAAUAGGAGAUUUAAAUCAAAUCAAUGAAUUAAUAGUUGAACCUGCAUUUAGACUAGCAAAUUAUGAAGUAAAGAUCUUACCGAAUACCAGAUUUAGUGAUUUUGUAUCAAUUCUAAAUAAAGUUUAUAUAACAGGCAUACAAUUAGAUUCAUACUUAGAAUCUUUUGUUGGAUUAUCUAAAAAGAAUGAAAUUCAAUCAUUUUUAAAUUAUGUUGGAAGUAAUAAUUUACAAUCAUUGACUACAUCUCAUUUAAAUAUGUUUAAAGUUCAAUUCCCAACAUCUUUAAAGCAAAUAACAAUAAAUGGGGGUCAAAAUUUUGAAUUAGAUUUAAGCAAUUUGCAAUAUCUUGAGUCUUUUGAAUGCAAAGAUCUUCUCCAAAUGAGUUCAUUGGAAAAUCUUAAACUUUCACAAUCAAUCAAAAAUUUAAAACUUGAUUCUUGUGAGUUUAAAAGUUUAGGUAAUUUAAUAAAGUACAACAAACUAAAAUUACUACAUAUAUCUUAUUGUCCUGAAAUUUAUGACAUUGCUUAUAACGAGUUUCCAGAUUCAUUGAAAAUUUUGGAUUUCAUUAACAAUUUCAAACCUAGUAGAAUAGCUGAGCUUAAUGAAGAAGAAGGUCUCAUUCUAUCUGAGGAUGACUUACGGGUUGUUGUUUAUUCUUACCCUCCAAAUUUGGAAAAAUUAAGAAUUUUCGAUACUAUGCAAACUUUGGAAAUAGAAGAUUUUGAAAUUUCAAAAUCAUUAAAUUGUUUAGAGUUAAAAGGUAUUGGUGAAUUUAAUUUAAGUUUGGUUCUAGAUAAUUUACCAAGGAGGAUGCUGGAAAUCAUUAUUGAGAAUUGUAGAGUUGUGUAUUCAGACUAUGAAGUAUCAUUUCCUGAGCUGAAGCAGAUAAAGUUCACGAACAAUAAAAUAUGUUUCGAUCCUUUUUUUACAAAUUUAAAUCAGUUGAAAUUGUUGGAAGAAUUGGAAAUAUCUGAUAACAUUUGUCCAGAUUUUGAUGAUGCCGAGUACCCUUUUGAUCCACUUAUAAGUUUAUCUCACAUGGAAACAGCUCAUAUGGAAAAAGUGUGUUUCAACACACCCCAAUUGCAAAAUCUAAUUUUAAAAAGUCCAACGCCACCAGAUCAAGAUGAUUACAUGUUUUCGUGUGAAGUGUUAUUUAAUUGUAAAAAUUUGACCAAAAUAAAUAUGAUAAAUUUAGAUAUAUGCUUUUUGAAUAUCAAUGAAUUUUGCAAUCAAUUGAUUGAAUUGGUUAUCAAGAACUCAAAAAUACAAGCAAUACAUGGUAAUUUUUCCAAUUUAGAUAAAUUAAAGAUUUUAGAUUUACAAAAUAAUAAAUUUACUUUUUCAAUGUUAGAAAAUCAAAACUUCCCAUCAAGUUUGAUAAGUUUAAAUUUAUCGAACAAUAAACUUGAAGAUUUAAAUUGUUUGAAAUUAGAUAAUUGUGUUCAUUUGCAUAAUUUAACAUUGAAAAAAGUAACUGCAAAAGAUAAACCAGAAGGUGCUAUUCAAUUAAUGGAAUUAUGUAUGAAUCUUCCUACUGCUGCUAAAUUUAAUGCAAUUUUAACAAAUUAUAGUUCAAGAGUAAUUUUCAAAAUUGUUGAUGGAGUUAAAAAAAAAUCUAUUAAACAUAAAAGAAGAAAAAUUUGUAAAUCCAUUUGA